CGCGGAGCGCGCACAGCCCGCGGGAGACCCGCGGAGCGCCGCGCUCGCCAUGCGCGACUACGAUGCGGCCACCGCAUUUCUGGGCGAGUGGGGCCGCUUCCAGCGCCUCGUCUUCUUCCUGCUCAGCGCCAGCAUCAUUCCCAAUGGCUUCAACGGGAUGUCGGUCGUGUUCCUGGCCGGCACCCCCGAGCACCGGUGCGUCGUGCCCCGCGGGGCCAACCUGAGCGGCGAGUGGCGCAACGCCAGCAUCCCGCUGGAGCAGCGGGGCGGGCAGGAGGUGCCGAGCCGCUGCCGCCGCUACCGCCUGGCCGCGCUCGCCAACUUCUCGGCGCUGGGGCUGCGACCCGGCUCCGACGUGGAGCUGGAGGCGCUGGARCAGGAGCCGUGCCUGGACGGCUGGGAGUACAGCCGCGAUGUCUAUCGCUCCACCAUCAUCACCGAGUGGAACCUGGUGUGUGAGGAUGACUGGAAAGCUCCUCUGACCACCUCCCUCUUCUUCGUGGGGGUYCUCAUCGGCUCCUUCAUCUCGGGGCAGCUCUCGGACAGGUUUGGCAGGAAGAAUAUCCUUUUUUUGACGAUGGCUGUGCAGACCGGCUUCAGCUUCCUGCAGAUCUUUUCCAUCAGUUGGGAGAUGUUCACAGUGCUCUUUCUCAUUGUGGGAAUGGGACAGAUCUCAAACUACGUGGUGGCCUUCAUUCUGGGCACAGAAAUUCUUGGCAAAUCAGUUCGUAUUCUAUUCUCUACAUUAGGAGUUUGCAUAUUUUUUGCAAUUGGCUACAUGUUGCUGCCACUGUUUGCUUACUUCAUCAGAGACUGGCGGAUGCUGCUGCUGGCGCUCACUGUCCCGGGGCUGUUCUGCAUCCCGCUCUGGUGGGUCAUUCCUGAGUCUCCUCGGUGGCUGAUUGCCCAGGGAAGAUACAAAGAGGCAGAAGCUAUUAUCCGAAAAGCUGCAAAAAUAAAUGGCAUUCCAGCCCCAGCCGUGCUUUUUGACACUGCAGAGAUGCAGGAUUCGAAGCCUCAGCAGCAGCAGAAGGCUAUCCUUCUGGACCUAUUUCGAACCCGAAACAUUGCAACUAUUACUAUUAUGUCAUUACUUUUGUGGUUUUUCACAUCAGUUGGCUACUUUGGCCUGUCCCUCAGCACUCCAGACUGGCAUGGAAAUGCCUACAUCAACUGUUUCCUCUCGGCUGUUAUUGAAGUUCCAGCUUACGUGAUCGCCUGGCUUCUCCUCCGCUCUCUCCCACGGCGCUACUCCUUAUCUGGCACCUUUUUUUUAGGGGGAAGUGUUGUCCUCUUCAUUCAGCUGGUUCCUGCAGAUCUUAAUGUCCUCUCUGUUGGACUGGUGAUGCUUGGGAAGUUUGGCAUCACAGCUGCGUUUUCAAUGCUUUAUGUCUACAAUGUGGAGCUGUACCCAACGCUAGUGCGGAACAUGGCAGUGGGAGCGACCUCCACGGCCUCCCGGCUGGGCAGCAUCAUUGCUCCUUACUUUGUUUACCUGGGUAAGAUGUCUUGUCUUUCUUGCACCUUGUCUUUCUCACCACACAACUGCCCAGAGAAGUUGUCUGAGCUCCUGCAGUGCAGGCACAGCUUUAAGUCCCUUCACUUGUCUUUUUAGCUCCUUCUCUCUGGGGUGUGAGUUCAUUGUCACACAUGGUAGAAAUUAAGUGGAGCUCCCUGGGCUUCACAGAAGGGUCAGGCACAUUGUUCUUUUAGGAUUGUUCAUAUAUCACUGAAGUGGGUUAGAGCUGGCCCAACACAACAGUGAUGUUUAUAAACUGUGCAAACAGAGUGGCUGGAAUGAUAAUCACAUCUUGGGACACCAGUUAGUUUCCCAGGAGAGUGUAGUAAGAAGUGGUCUUGAAAGUAAGGAAAUGUAGCAGUAGGAAAUUCAUUGCAUGGUACUGUCUGUGUGCAUCCCAAGUAGGAAUACUAACAUUCCCAGGAUCUGUGCUCUCUCAAGUAAUCCAUAGAA